UAAGCACGGUAGAUCUUAAAGAUUACGUGUCGGAAAUUAUCAAACACCUCACCCACCGAUUGAACGAUCACGUUGAGCUGGGCAAGCUGUUGGACCAGGACCUGCCAAGCUGCUUCGUUGCCGAUCUGUCGCUUAGCAAAGCCACUUACUCGACGGCGCUCGAGCACCUGAAACAGUCGGUAUGGGGAUCGCAAUCGUUCAAGUACACGCUGCUGAGCAAUUUGUGUUUUAAAAACAGCUCACCAAUUGAACGCACCCUAACGGAUGUCAAACGCUGGCUUUGGGCGGCUGAUGAACCGGAGCAGAAAAUGGUACAUCUCUUCCAGUACACGGUGUUUCUCGACCAUCUGAAAGAGUACAUCGGACAGCAGAAGGAACGCGCGUUCAAACCCUAUCUCGUGCGAGAUGUGGUGUAUUUCCUGUGCAACUUGUUGUCCUCCUUUCCCGCCCUACGACUUGCCACGCUCAACAGCUUCGGGCGGUUCCUGGAGCACGUGGUCGCAUCUAGCGAUGCGUGCGAGCUGCUCUCGGAACAUUUGCACUUCAUAGUGUCAUCAUUGCUGGAGGUGGAAAAUGUCGAUCCGGCAUCGGAGAUUUCUCAAAAAUCGCUAACUCUGCUACGGUUUCUGAUCUUACAACACUCUGCCGCGUUUGCGGGUGCGAUCGGUAAGCUGAAUUAUCUACCAAAGGACGAACGAUUCGAUCAGUUGCGGCUUGCUAUAUCGCGCCAAAAAACGAUCGGUCAUGAAAAUGUGCUGCCAAGGGAAGAAAUCGCGGCGCUGAUUGAGUUGCCCAAUUUAAGAUACGAAGAUUUGGCUGCGCUGAAGAUUGUGCUCACCACCAAAAAGAAAGAUCUAAAAUUAUUGUGCGAUGAGCUGAGCGAGCAAAGCGCAUCGUCGGGCGCUAAUGGGGAAAGCGUGCUUCAUCGGUUAGUCUACACUUUGCUGGAAGUUGUGCGCAGCUCCCCGUUCGACAAGCGAUCGAUGGAAGCUCUCCGAUGUUUGAGUGAAAUAGGACCGAUCGAUCUGGGAACAAUGCUGUUAAAAUCCGACGCAGAAAUGAUUGCUUACGAUACGAUCAACAACUCGAAGGAAGCAAUCGAACGAUGUGCUGCGGUGCUGCUGAGCGAAUUGAACGAGCUGAUAACGAACAGAAACGUUCCGGUUGCAAACUACGCCUCACUGAUUUGCUACAAAAUGCUGUACGGAAAAACAUUCCAUGCUUUGGCGGCCAAACUACCAACACUGCACCCAUUUUUGGGAACUUCUGCGGAAGAGAUCAAACUCUUCACUCGUACCACCGGACGCAGUUUGUCGUUGCGGCCAAUGCUUGCCAACGAACGGAUCGAGUACAGCGCUUUUGUGCAGCAGCUGUCAGCCGCGUUGCUGUCAUUUUUGGGAAAUACGAUGAUUAAAAAGCUGGCCGAACAGGAAACGACAUUCGUCGAGAAGCUUGUCCCUUUGCUGGUACAGAUAACGAUAAAGCAAUUCGAAGAGUCAAUCAUCGAUAGCAUGGGCAGCUUUAUUAAUGAGUUUUUCAACGAGUUCGCUGCCAUUCAAAAUGAGGUUCACAAUAUUUUCAAUGACCCGAAAGCUAUUCAACUGAUGCUUACCAUCGUGGAGUGUGUUCGGAUACAUAAUCAAUGCUUUCCACAGUACAAAAUUUCCGUUAACUAUCUACGAAUCGCACAAGCGUCUCAAUUCUGUCAGGCACACUUUAAAGCCAUCCUGUAUGGUGACCUCUGGUACCGGGAGGAAGAGGAGCAAGGCAAGCAUGAUGCCAAACGACACCCGGAACUGCAAAACAUAAUGAAAUCAUGCCAUUUGGCGAUCGGCGUAAACGAUGCAGUUAAAUCAUUCCUCAACCCAAUCCAGGAACGGAUGGAAUAUUACCGUCUAGAGCAGAAUUACGCCAGAUGCUUGGUUAUGCAAGAUGCAAGCACACCGUGGUCGCAAGAUACCGCCCUGGACAGUGCGGGCACACAGAAUGCCAUCUUGCAAACACUGAAAGACUCCUCACUGUACGGUUUGGCUAGAUCGUUACAUGUCGCACCGCAACAGAUUGAUUACGAGUGUGCCUGGCGGCUGUCCGACUGGAAUGUACUAUUCGACGCGGACGGCGGUGUUGGUCCCAAUGUCCCGAAGAGAGCACCGGCUGCCGGUUCGAGCGCGCUGCUCCUACAGUCGCGAUCCUUCGAGCGAGCGCAUUACAAAGCGCUCAAGUGUUUGCAGCUGCGCGAUGAACUCGCGGUGGAAAGUGCGAUCGUGGCAGCGCAGCGUGCCGUUAGCGAACUUUUCAAGCUUACCAGCAUCGAAUCCACCAAACACAUCUACCACGGGCUGUGCCGGUUGCGGAUGCUGCAGCAGAUCGAAGACUUCGGUGAGGUACACUUCUCCAGACAGAUCGACUGCGAGCAGGACCUGCUGAACCGGUGGAGGGAACAGGACGAGCUGCCGCACAGCGAGUUCACGCUGCUGGAAACGAUCCUUUCCCAGCGGCUGUCCAUCUUCAGCACGGCCGGGAUUCGUGCGAAACGUAAAUGGGUACCGCCGGCAGUGUACAGCACGCUGCUGCUGCUGAUCCACGAAUCGCGCCUGCGAGGCUUCGUGGACUGUGCGGUACGGAAUGUGGUGCUGAUCGGGAAGCAGGAGCUGCCGGCCAACGUGCAGUCGGUGGUGAUGCUGGAAAAUGCACAGCUCAAUUGGAGUGCCGGCCAGCCGGUGCUGGCGAAGGAGUUGGCGUGGGAAGUAAUGAACAGCGCCAAGUACACUGAUCCGAUGGUGAAGGGAGUGGCGUGUCGCCUUUACGGUGAGUUCCUUGCCGAAGGACACUCGCAGGAGAUCAAGUCGCUAUGCUCGGACUACUUUCAACAAGCGGAAAAAUAUGUCCAGUUUGUGCUGUCGCGACAGGCGGCGGCGACGGCUGCGGGUGGCGAACAGAAAACCUCGCCCGGGAACGUUCCCGCUAACCAUCGUUGCUUCGACGUGGAUCGUAACUUCACCGUGCAGCACACCGUCGCGAAGUACGCGGAUCGUGAAUUUGUGCGGCUCACCAAAUUCAUCCGCUCUCAGGAGUGGGAGGCACGGAAAACGAAUCUCGCCCGCAUGGAGGUCGAGCUGGUCCGCCUGAGGGAGGAAACGCAACGUGCCACCGAUCAGCGGCGCAAAGAUCUUGGCCGUUCGCUUCACUUUAUGCAGAAAAACUUGCAGCGCGACAAGAAAGCGGCCGAAGAGGUGGAACAGAAUCGCUGGGACUACUUGAAUCUGGCACUGUGCUAUUAUCUGAUGUACGCGAAACAGAGCACGAUCGUGAGCGACAUGGUGAUAUUUAGGAUCAUGUCGCUGUGGUUGAACAAUCAGGAAAAUACGAGCGCAAAGGAGUUGAUCGAAGAGUCGCUGCUUACCAUUCCUUCGUACAAGUUUAUUGCCGUUUUACCGCAGCUUACACCGCGCGUCGGGCUGGACAGUGGGGACGGUGCGCUGGUGCAGAAAGCUUUGAUAAGAUGCGCCCUGGACCAUCCCCAUCACACGCUUCCGUUUGUGUUUGCGCAGCUGCAUGCGUAUAAAGAUCAACCGGAUCACGAAACUCCCACCAACGAUAACCGUUUAAUGGGUGUGCGGGAGGUGUACAAAAAGCUGCGCAAAGAACCAACGCUCGAGCAAAUGUUGCACCAAACAGAGAGAAUGAAUCUCGCCCUGAUCGAGCUGGCCAACAAAACGCUCUCCAGCAGUCCCUCCUUCCGGGAGUACACCAUGACGAAACGUGAUCCGCUCGGGCAGCUGGAAAGCUUGGAUCUCAUCCACUGUCCAACGGUGGAGUUGCCCGUCCUAAAAACCGGCAACUAUCGCUCACACAUCGUAGGCAUCAGGCGGUGGGAUGCGAAGGUGAUCGGUGUCGGUGGAAUUAAUGCGCCGAAAAAGCUUGCCUGCCUUUGCCUGAACGGUACGAAACGGACGCAGCUGCUCAAGGGGAAGGAUGAUAUGCGCCAGGAUGCGGUAAUGCAGCAGGUGUUCGGUAUAAUGAACAUACUGCUGCGCCACGAUAAGGAAACGGCGCACCGGAAGCUGUCCGUGCGCACGUACAAGGUGGUACCGCUGUCGAGGCAAAGCGGCAUACUGGAAUGGUGCAACAACACGAUGCCGAUCGGUGCGUGGUUGCUUUCCGGGCAUGCCAAGUAUCGGCCGCAGGACCUGGAACCGACAGCGGCGCGGAAAAAGUUUUCCAAUAACGCGGUGGCCGGCAUGACGUUGCCGAAGAAGCUGAAAAACUAUGAAGAAAUCUGUGACAAAAUUCGGCCCGUCUUUCGGCACUACUUUCUCGAGCAGUACCUGAAGCCGGGCGUGUGGUUCGAGCGGCAGCAGAACUACAUCAAAAGUGUGGCCGCCAGCUCGAUGAUCGGGUACGUGCUGGGCAUCGGCGAUCGGCACGUGCAGAACAUCCUGAUCGACAAGCUAACAGGGGAGGUGAUCCAUAUUGAUUUUGGCAUAGCGUUCGAGAUGGGGAAAAAUCUGCCCACCCCGGAGACCGUCCCGUUCCGCUUGACGCGUGACAUUGUGGAUGGUAUGGGGAUAAGCGGUGUUGAGGGUGUUUUCCGCAAAUCGUGCGAGAAAACGCUGGAAGUGUUGCGGAACAAUCAGACGGUGAUCCUCGCCAUCCUGGAGGUGCUGCUGUACGAUCCGCUCUACUCGUGGAACGUGCUGUCAAACAAGAAAGCAAACCGUCGGCAACAGCAAGCCUUCCUUUCGCCAUCCGGUGACGCUGAUGAGGCCGAUGGAGCGGUCGGUGGUCUGCCGAUGGAUGCGGCUAAUAUCAAUGUGACGGCCGAGCGUACGUUGAUGCAGGUGGAAGAGAAGCUGCUUGGCCAGGAGGACAACAAGUACAUCUCAGUCGAUGGGCAGGUGCAAAUGCUAAUCUUCAACGCAAUGAACAAGCGCAAUCUCUGUCAAGUGUUUGCGGGAUGGCAACCGUACCUGUGAGCAAGUGAGUGUGUGAUAAAGCCGGUGAUAGUGUUAUCUUUUA